GCUGACGUCAGGUAAAGCAGGCUCGUUCUGGGUGCUGAUACGGGAGCGCGCCUCUCUUUUCUGCGCUGGCUGAAGAGGUCGGCAGCUGCUGUUGGCGUGUGCUGUACUGUGCUGCGCUGCGCUGCUGUGUCUGUGUUUAUGGCUAUCUGAAUGCAAACGCUGGAGAGUGAGAGAGACUUCCAACCACUGUAUGCAGCGAGUGCAGUCAGCUUUAAGACGGGAGAAGCUAGGUGCAGACUCAGAGAGUCAAGGAAUGAAAAUAAGACCCGACCCCCAUCACGUCUGCCCGUGGUUCAAACUGAAGAUGCGCUUCCAACAGAUUUGGAAUACAGUUCGACAGGUGUUGGAGGAGCUAUGAAGACGUGUCUAGGAUUAAUAGCUUCUCAUCCAACUAUGACGACCACGGCUACCACUACUACGAGUUCACCAGUGUGUGCCUAAAACUGGCUUAUUUUUUUGUUUGUUUGUUUUGUGUUUGGCUUUUUCUUGUUUUUUUGUUUCUUUUUGUUUGUUUUUGGAGAAGAGCAGUUACUGUUUUUUUUGUGUUUUUUUUUCUCUCAAAAAGGAAGAUUGUUGUAAUAACAUCCCCCCACUCAUACUGAAACAUCCGAGCGAUGGAAAACUUCAUUUGGAUCCACGAAUCAGACAGUAAAAUAUCUAAUAACUGUUGCUAACAGCGAUCAGGACAAAUGACAUAGGAUGAUCACUGCUGGUCACCUCUUUCUGUCUGUGCUGUCAUCCCUUCUUGUGCUGGCUGCGGGCUUGGAGCUUCUGAGUCAGGACAACGUGUGCUCCACGGUGGUCGCGGGGGUGCUGUACGGCUCCUUCUCGCUCAAGGACGUCUUCCCCAAGAUCGCGGCGGGCUGUUCCUGGACCCUGGAGAACCCAGACCCCACCAAGUACUCGCUCUACUUCAAAUUCAAUCGGGAGGAGCACGCCUGCCUCCACUUCUCCCCUAUGGUGUUGCCGCUGGACCACUACCUCUCCAACCACACAUGCACCCAGCUGGACUACAUCGACUACGAAGGAGUGGAACUGUGCGAAUCCAGGGCUCCCGUCACCUUCCUCCAGUUCGACAAGAACUUCGUGCAGCUCUGCUUGACCAGAGAACCGGAGUAUGUGCCGUUCCUAGCGGAGGAGACUCUGGAGUUCCACCUCGUGGAAGUUCUGCUCAUCAACAAUGAGAACUCCAGCCAGUUCACAUGCGGGAUCCUGUGCCGCUGGUUUGAGGAAUGCCUUCGCUCCAACAGAAAGAGUGAACACUGUGGAAUUACCCAGACGGGAUGUAUCUGCCCAGAGGUCCUCCCCCCACCCCCGCCUCUGUCGGCGACCAGGCAAAACGAGUCCGUCUCCAAUGUGAUACUCCCCCCACCCAGCAGUGAUUGCUGCGUCACCGAAUUGCAUUCUACGAAUGCUAACGAUAUAGCCCCCAGAGACGCCAGGCAAGAUCAUGAUGUAGACGAGAAACAGAAGGUGAAGACCCAACGACCCAGAUCAGCUGAUCAACCAGGCACCUUCCAGGCACAGACAGGAGACCCCGCCGCGGAGGAGUGGUCCCAGUGGAGUGUAUGCUCACUGACCUGCGGACAGGGCUGGCAGGUCCGGACGCGCUCCUGCGUCUCCUCCCCGUACGGGACUCUGUGCAGCGGACCCCUGAGAGAGACAAGGCUCUGCAACAAUACGGCCACCUGCCCAGUGCACGGGCUGUGGGAGGAGUGGUCCCCGUGGAGUUUGUGCUCGGUAUCGUGUGGGAGAGGGUCCAGAACGAGAACGCGGACUUGCAGCGCUCCGCAGCACGGAGGAAAGGCCUGCGAGGGGCCCGAGGUGCAAAAUAAACUCUGCAAUAUCGCUGUGUGCCCCGUGGAGGGGCAGUGGUUGGAGUGGACUCCCUGGACCAGGUGUUCAGUGACGUGUUCCAACGGCACUCAGCAGCGCACGCGGCGGUGCAGUGCCUCAGUUCACGGCUGGACCGAGUGCAAAGGUCCCCAUGUGGACACUCGGAACUGCGUUCUCACAGCCUGCCCAGCGGAUGGGAAGUGGGGUAACUGGAACCACUGGAGCCUGUGCUCUAAGACCUGCGACACAGGCUGGCAGCAGCGGUUCCGGAUGUGCCAGGGGACGGGGGAGCAGGGCUACCCCUGUGAGGGGUCAGGGGAGGAGGUACGCACCUGCAACGACAAGAAGUGCCCAGCUCCCCAUGAGAUGUGCCGGGAUGAAUAUGUCGUGUCCAUGACCUGGAAGAGAGCAGCAGCCGGGGAGAUCGUUUACAACAAGUGUCCAUCAAACGCAACAGGAUCUGCCAGUCGUCGUUGUUUGCUGGACACUAAUGGAGUUGCUUACUGGGGCCCUCCGAGCUUCGCCAGAUGCAUCUCACACGAGUACAGAUACUUACAUCUAUCACUUCGAGAGCAUCUUGCGAAGGGUCAGAGGACCCUGGCUGGGGAAGGUAUGUCUCAGGUCGUGAGGAGUCUCCUCGAGUUAAUGUCCCGGAAGAGCUAUUACAGCGGAGACCUCUUGUUCUCAGUGGAGAUUCUCCGAAAUGUGACCGACACCUUCAAGAGAGCAACCUACAUCCCAGCAGCAGACGACAUACAGAGAUUCUUCCAGGUAGUCAGCCUCAUGUUGGACGUGGUAAAUAGAGAGAAAUGGGACGAUGCACAGCAGGUCUCCCCGGGCUCAGUGCAUCUGAUGCGGGUCGUGGAGGAUUUCAUCCACCUGAUUGGGGAUGCGCUCAAAGCAUUCCAGAGCUCUCUCAUUGUCACUGACAACCUGGUGAUCAGUAUCCAGCGCGAGCCAGUGACGGCCGUCUCAAGCGACGUCCACUUCCCGACGAAGGGCAGAAGGGGGAUGAAGGACUGGGCUAGGAGCUCGGAAGACAAGCUCUUCAUCCCCAAGGAGGUCUUCACCCUGGCAUCAUCAGAAUCGGAUGAGGCCUCGUACUUCGUAAUAGGAGCCAUCCUGUAUCGAACGCUGGGGCUGAUCCUGCCGGCACCCAAGAGCCCCUUGGUGGUCAGUUCCAAGGUUCUCACGGUGACGGUCAGGCCACUUCCCAAACCACAGGAACCAUUGGUGGUGGUGGAGCUCUCUCCCGUUUUAAAUGGCACCUCGGACCCUCACUGCGUCAUCUGGGACUACUCGAAAACGGAGGUUGGCACUGAAAACUGGGACACACAAGGCUGCCAAACGCUCCAAUCUCCUUCCAUCCACACCAAAUGUCUUUGCGAUCAGAUCUCCACCUUCGCAGUGCUUGCUCAGCAACCUAAAGAUCUGGCUAUGGGUCCUUCCGGAGUGCCAUCAGUCCCUCUAAUGAUCGGGUGUGCAAUCUCAUGUACGGCCCUGCUCAUUUUGUUGGCUGUUUAUGCAGCUUUUUGGAGGUAUAUAAAGUCAGAGCGGUCCAUCAUCUUGCUCAAUUUCUGCCUGUCCAUCUUGGCAUCAAAUAUCCUCAUUCUCGUGGGCCAGUCGCAGACUCUCAGUAGGGGGGUGUGUACGAUGACCGCUGCCUUCCUCCAUUUCUUCUUCUUGUCCUCGUUCUGUUGGGUGCUGACGGAGGCGUGGCAGUCCUACCUGGCCGUGAUUGGCAAGAUCCGGACACGCCUCAUCCGCAAGCGCUUCCUCUGCCUGGGCUGGGGAUUGCCUGCGUUGAUUGUCGCUGUGUCUGUGGGGUUUACCCGAGCCAGGGGAUACGGUACAGCAAGCUACUGCUGGCUCUCCCUGGAAGGUGGUUUGCUCUAUGCGUUUGUUGGCCCUGCAGCAGUCAUUGUUCUGGUUAACAUGCUGAUCGGGAUCGUGGUGUUCAAUAAGCUGAUGUCUAGGGAUGGAAUUUCAGAUAAGUCCAAAAAGCAGCGUGCUGGUCAGGCGAGCGAACCCCGUAGCCGACUGCUUCUCAAAUGCUCCAAGUGUGGGGUUAUCUCGAGUACAGCUCUCUCCUCCACCACCGCCAGCAACGCCAUGGCCUCUCUCUGGAGCUCUUGUGUAGUGCUCCCCCUGCUGGCUCUCACCUGGAUGUCAGCCGUGCUCGCCAUGACAGACCGGCGCUCCAUCCUGUUCCAGGUUCUAUUCGCUGUCUUUGAUUCGGUGCAGGGCUUUGUCAUCAUCGCUGUGCACUGUGCCCUGCGCAGAGAGGUGCAGGACGCUGUGAAGAGCCGCAUGGGGAUCUGUAAGAGUGAGGAGAGCGAGAACUCCCCCGAUUCCUGCAAGAACGGCCAGGCCCAGAUCAUGACAGAUUUUGAAAAGGAUGUGGACCUGGCUUGUCAGACAGUCAUUUUUAAAGAAGUGAACACAUGCAACCCUUCGACAAUCACGGGCACGCUGUCCCGAAUCUCGUUGGAUGACGACGAAGACCCCAAACUCCACACCAACACGGAAGGCCUCCACUUCUCCAGCCUGCCGGGUAACAUCCCCCCUCCUAACAUCCUGGUCCAGGUCCCGCAGAUGACUGGCUUGAACGAGCUCAACGAACAGACCCUCAAGAAAGACGUGAACCUGGACCCGCGGGGGCCCGUGUACCUAUGUACUGACAACCAUCUGCGUUCUAUGGAGCUCAACUGGGCCAGGCCUCAGGAUGCCAGCUCUGAAGGGGACUACAUGGUCCUGCCCAGGCGGACAGUCAGCCUCAAGCCCUUCUCCAAGGACGAGGGCAAACCGCUCAACAUCAAGAUGGAGCACCCCACCCAGCCGGUCCUGACCCACCGGCCGGCCGAGAAGGACAUGUACCCCAAUUUCGUCUCGGUGGACCACAUCAACAUGAACCUGAACCAGUCCUACGGCACUCUCAAGCACCCCCACGGGCUGCAGUUCAAACAGCACCCCUCGGUGCGGCAGAUCCUGGCCUCAGAGCUUGGGGACAAGAGCAGGACCAUGCCCCGGAGCAAGGGGAGCCCCAGCCUGACCGGGGGCUCCUUGGAAAGAAAAAGAGUACGGUAUUCUGACUUGGAUUUCGAGAAGGUGAUGCACACUCGAAAACGGCACUCUGAGCUCUACCACGAACUCAACCAGAAAUUUCACACAAUCGAUCGAUGCAGAGAACCGUCCACAGCGACUUUCAAGAGAGAAAAGCGAUGGAGCAUUUCGUCAGCAGGAGGUGAAAAGAAGUCUUCGAGCGAUAAGUCAACUCCAGACGACCAGCAAUGCUGGAACAGCUUCAGAGUAAUGACUCUAAACGCCAUGCAGAUGGAGCAGAAAGACAAACUGGAACUGCAUUGCAAAGACUGGGACACACCCGGCGCAGAAACUUUAGAUACAUCCGAGGGAGACUUUCAAACGGAAGUUUGAUAACAACUUUUAAUAACAAAAAAAGAAAUGAAUGAAUGGAAGAAAGAACAAUCACACACACACACGAAGAGGCUGCAUAACAGUAUAUAUAUUUUCACAGUGACACUUUACAACAAAGAAAAAAAAACUUUACAAAAAAAAUCCGGAAAUGUCUUCAUUUUCAUUUUUUUGAAGGAUUUCUUUCACCAGUUUGACAAAAAAAUAAGGAAUAUUUCUGCACCGUUUCUUUUUUGUGACACAUGUUAAGCCGUUUAGAUUUCCUUUCGUUGUUCCUUUUCCUAUUGGAUGAUAUGAGCUUUCUCUUUGAAAAAAAAAAAAGAAUUAAUUAAUAAACAAAACCAAUCCUUUUUGAAGCACUAUGCCAGCUGUUUCACUUUCAUUAAGUUGCUUUUUUUUCUUCUUUCUUUCUGACGCACCCAGUAAACUUUUCAAACCAUUAACAGCUCAGACAUUUAAUGUAGGGGCAUGGGAGUAGUUUGAAAUUGUUUACCGUAUUCCUUCGAAUUUAAGCUUUUUAACCAAUUUUUAAUCUAAAAAAUGGCCUGCGCCUUAAAUUCAAGUAGAGUAUAGUGAUGACGCUGCAGCGCUGAGCAGCUGUAGGUUCCCUGGGCACGCCCCCCAGCCAAUCAGGACCUCCCGAUCAGCUCAGCUCUGGGCAAGCCUUCCUGUUUACCACAGCAGCAGCGUUUCGUUAUUAGGCUCAGUUCUAAUCAGGCCCCCGUAUUCUUCUACUUGCCAAGCAAUACAGCAGUUCAUGAAAAGGGAGAAAAACAUGUGCAAGUGGACUGGAAAUGAGAAGCAGUGCAUAACUGUAGUGAUGUGUGUGACAGCAGAUGGCUGCAAACUGCCUCCAUACUUCGUUUUCUUAUAUGAGUAUAAAUGAGGUGCAUUUAAACCUGUUAAUAAUUUUAGCCCCCCCCCUCGGUUUUGGACAGGGGUGAAGCCCAGGUAAGUCCGACUUUGUAAGUGGAGGUCACAGUUCCCUUGGUCCAUGGAGCAGAGGCAGCUGGUUUAUCAAAUGUGCCACGCGCUGUAAACAUUACUGUCUAACCUGUGUGUGUGUGUGUCCCGAAGGUCUUGAAGCUUGCUGAUAUGAGCCACAAACCCCUCACUGUGAACCCAGACCACUCUAGUACUCAGGAGUGUUGUGGAGGCACACAGAAGUUUGAAAAACGCAGGUGUUGUCCAGUGCUGUUCUUGCAAUGCUCUGACUUUGUGAUAGACGGUACAGGAUGCAUUGCAGUUUAUUCCUGGAAGAGUGGCUUGUUUUUCCUUGAGUGACCAAGAUAAGCUGCCUUCUAGAUGAAUAAAAUGGUGUUAGUUACAGUAGUAUCCCUCAAGAAAAUCUGCACAAUGUUGCGUCAAGCUGUAUGACUCCAAGGCCUAUGAUGUGAAACUAGAAAAAAAAAAAAAAAAACUUUAUUUUGCAAUUUUUGUUUUUACCAAAAUUGCUCUCUUUACCAAAGCAGAUUUUGAGAGAAACUGUGCUCACAUUGACUUGAGGAGUUUCCCCACAUAUCAUAUCAUUGUAGUUGUUUGUACUUUCCAAAAUUUUUAAAAAUCUUGCUGUAGACUUGAACACAGUACACAACACUGAUGUGAUAACGCCUGUUUCGAAUGGAGUUAUCAAAAGAAAAUUCUCCAAACUGUUAACAACACAUUUUGAAUGGAUGAAAAACACCAGUAACAAUAAAAAAAAGAAUAAAUCUAUUAAGAAACUACGUAAGAUUGCAUACAAGCCCCUAAAUGAAAUGUCUAGAGACGAUUUGGAGUAAUGCCUUCUGGUUCUUUGUGCCUCUCAGCAUUUUUGACCAUAACCAAGCAUGACUUUGAAGUGUCCUUGUUCUGGAAUCAACAAAGCCAUCCCUAUCCGUGGCUCUCUAAGCAUGAAAGGAGGAGAUUUGAUAGAUUGGCGGUAAUCAUUCAGACAAAAUGACAGCAGCAAUCAAACUGCUCUGGGUCCUUUAAUUAGGGACAUGACAGAAAGUAGGGCAUAACGUGACAUGAAAGGGGAAAGAAUGCAUAAAUAAAUGGAAAAUCCAAGAAUAAGUCACUUAUCUUACUUGAUUUCAUAUAGAAUUGUAAUGACUAAAAAAAUAAUCAUAAUAAUAAUACAUUGCAUACAAAUGUUAAUAAAUAGGACCAGUAAAAAAAAACAAAAAGAAUCACAUUAUACGCCCCGGUAAACACGUAUGGCUGACUUUACAUUUGGAAGCAAGGUAACUUGUGUUUCCUGGGGUCAGUCGCAUCACCAUUACGCAAUCACCUUCUCAACACCCAUCCAGACCAUCUUAAACAUCACCUUUCUGAACACCUCUCCUCUGUGUUCCAUCCUGUAGAUAUUUCAGCUCCAGAUCUCUGAGGGCAGGCUCUGACACCAGCUGUGCAGAGAGCCGCGAGCAUGCGUCAGCAACCAGAGGCCCCCGGCUGAGUGUGAAUUUAGAAAGGGAGGACAGCAUUGAUCCUCAAACACUGCAGGGUGAGCAGACUCUGCAACCACGGGAUAACAAGCUUCCUGAUUUAGAGAAGCAUUGCCUGAGUCCUGGCUAGCCCAGCAGUGAAGACAUUAUUGAGGGGCAAACGGCAGUGUCUGAUGUUUGUUAUUAUUACACAAUUGGGAUUUGUAUUUUAAUUGUAUUUUUUUCAUCAAUCAAUGUAUAACACAAUUGGUUCCCCGUUGUAUAGAAAGAUGUCAAAUGUACCUCCCUCGGUUCUCACCAGAUGGCAGCAUCGAGCCUCAAGCCACAUGGCACCAAGUUUGCUAGUGAGUGUACUGUUUCUGGUAUAACUUCUCACUAUCGCAAACAAAUCCAGAGGCUGUAUUGUCAAAGGCUUGUAAACCUGCUGUAUGCAACUCCUAGAGUUUAAAGACUACCACUAAGGAUUUGGCUUACAUUGACGCUUAAAUACUGGAGAUUGUUGUUAAUUCCCGUUUGACAACAUUUUAAAAGAAUUUCAAAGGGAUUUUGGUUUUUUAAUUAUUUUGCUUUAUGUAAAAUAUGACUGACAUUUUAAAUGGUUGUGCACUUGUAAAUAAAACUUUGUCUACUUCUGUA